GCGCGUCCAUUUUCUGUCAACCUGCAGAAGAAUGUAGGGGGUGUUUUUGGUCAUUGGAUAGUUGGAAGGACAAACAUCUUGAAACAUAACUUAAGGAUGGCCUGCAGUUAUGUUGAUGGCUUGGACAAAGAUGCAAGACAGCAAUAUUUAGCAAAAUUAGAAGCUGCCCGACUGGAGUUAUGCCCAUACACACAACCAGAAGGUGUUUGGAAGGAUGACCCCAAAACAUGGCCAAAAGUGGAAUAUGGUGAUAUAUACUCUUACCUUAUCAAUAGUCCUGGACCAUUCACCCACAACCAGAUGAAAUACUACAAGAGUCUUGAUGCCUACUGUUUCUUCAGGUCUGGGUGGGUCCAGACCAUGUACAGCCAGAUCACCCCCAACGGCAACACAGUCUUUAAGGCGGGGGUCCAGCCCGACCAGCAGACAAACUGUCCCCUCCACAGCCCGUGGGUUGUUGUUGAUCAUGACGGCACUGUCAUUGCGGCUCACUGUGACUGUGUGACAGGUCUUGGUGAAUGCUGUUCCCACAUUGCAGCGGUCCUUUUUAAGAUUGAGGAUGCAGUACGACAGGGAUGCAGGACAACAGACUGCACAGACACCGAGUGCAAGUGGAACACGUGCUUCAUGUCCAAGUUGCAACCAGCACCUGAUCCUGAACCAGCAGACGGCGUGCAGCCCUGCACCGAGGCCGAUCGGCAGCGCUUCAUCUCCUCGCUCCUCCAGUGUGGCGCGAAACCUGUGGGUCUCAGUCUCUUUGCAGAGACGUGUGAGCGAUUCAGUGCCAAGACUCCAUCAUCUGUAUUAUCACAGACUCCACAGCCUGUGCAUUACCUGUAUGAAAACAACAGCUCGGCUCUGCAGUACGCUGUAGUACCUGCCCUGAGCAGAAGUACCAAGAUCCCCGGACCGUCUGAAAACAGUGCGGGUGGUGAAGAACAGAACGGGAGCGAUCGCUUGAUUCCAAUGGAUGUCAAUGACUCUGUGAUUAAAGAAGAGUCUGUAGACUUUAAUAUCAAAAUGAUCAAAGAAGAGCAUGCGUAUUUCAUGAUAUCAGAGAUUACAGAAGAUCAAACAGAUUUCAGGAUAACUGAGAUGAAAGAAGAACCGGCUGAUUUCUUGAUCAUGGACAUUAAGGAAGAGACACAAGAUUAUCAGAUUUCAGAGAUAAAAGAAGAACAGUGAACUGUUAAUUAAUAUGCAAAGAGCUUCUGUCCUCAGGAUGUUUGUGGCAGGACUUUGACCAACAUCUGACAUCCCUGCCUACAUUCAGAAAUACAGAUAUUUAAGGAAACAAGAGUGUUAAAAGUUAAAUGAACAACAAUAGAUUAUCUCAUAAGAGAAGCCACAGUAUGUUUAUUGCUCUGCAGUGUAGAGGUCACAUACAUCCUAUGCAAAGACACAUGACCAAAAUAAACUAGACUUCUUUCUAGGCAUCCUAAUGUCCAUUGAACAGGAUGUGAUUUAGGAAAGGUUGCUGGUUAUUGCUGAUUAAGUAAUUUUUACUUCCUAAUCCUGUAA